GGCUCGGGUAGUCCCUGAAUGUAGCUUCCGGGAUACCUGGAGCCUCCACAUCGUUCACCCUCUCAUGGUCCGCUCGGUCCCCCGGUAGCCUCCUCCGGUUCCACGCACGGGCCCGCUCCGUCAAAGCCACGGCCUCCUCCGGUGUUCACCCGAACAGCGAGCCGGAGACCGGAGCUCCUGCCACGGCUUCCACACCGUGAGCGGGGACGGGGAGUAGCUCGGAGGCCAGCGGAGCGUUAGCCUAGCAGGCGGCGGGGCGAAGACGCGUCCGGUCCGGGCGGCGGGCACAGCGAGCGCAGCAUGGCCGGAGGGAACCGCAGCGGCGCGGCGGAGGAGAGGGCGGCGAGCCGGGGUCAGAGCGACGCCAACAGGAGGUUGAAGUACAUCAGCCUUGCGGUUCUGGUGGUGCAGAACGCCUCGCUCAUCCUCAGCAUCCGCUACGUCCGCACAUUACCCGGCGACCGCUUCUUCACCACGUCGGCCGUUGUAAUGGCGGAGGUGCUGAAGGUCACCACGUGUCUGUUCAUCAUCCUGCUGCAGAAGAGAUUCAGUGUGAGGGAGACCUUGUCCUUCCUGUUGGACUGUGUGGUUUAUCAGUACAGCGACACUCUAAAAAUGGCCGUCCCUUCGCUCAUCUACACGCUGCAGAACAACCUGCAGUACAUCGCCAUCUCCAACCUUCCCGCCGCCACCUUCCAGGUGACGUACCAGCUGAAGAUCCUGACCACGGCGCUGUUCAGCGUGCUGAUGCUCCGGAAGUCCCUCUCCAGGGUUCAGUGGGUGUCUCUGCUGCUGCUUUUCGCCGGCGUGGCCGUCGUUCAGGUGCAGCAGGAGGCCAACAAAGAGGCGUCGGGCCGGGACUCGUCGCAGCAGAACUACAUGGUGGGCCUGGUGGCCGUGGUCGUCAGCUGCCUGUCGUCGGGCUUCGCCGGCGUGUACUUCGAGAAGAUCCUGAAGGGCAGCGCCGCCUCGGUGUGGGUGAGGAACGUGCAGCUGGGCAUCUUCGGCACGGCGCUGGGCAUGCUGGGACUGUGGUGGAACGACGGCGCCGCCGUCGCCGAGCGGGGCUUCCUGUUCGGGUACACCGGCAUGGUGUGGUGCGUCAUCUUCAACCAGGCGUUCGGCGGCCUGCUGGUGGCGGUGGUGGUCAAGUACGCCGACAACAUCCUGAAGGGCUUCGCCACCUCCUUCUCCAUCAUCGUCUCCACGGUGAUGUCCGUCUACCUGUUCGCCUUCCACGUGGACCUGCUCUUCACGGCAGGGGCGGGGCUCGUCAUCGGCGCCGUCUACAUGUACAGCCUCCCCCGGCCGGCCGGCGGGCCGCUCUUCCUCAGCUCCUCUUCUUCCUCGUCCUCGGCGAAGGCGGACCGGGCGGACGCAGACGUGGAGAUGGAGGCGUUCCUGCCAAAAGCUCCCGGAGGAGCUGCGUCUCCUCCGUCUGCCUAACACUGAAGGAGCAGGAGAAGGAGCAGCAGCAGGAAGCCUCCCUCUGCCUUAAAACUGACGGGCCGGAGGAGAAACGCCUUACGCUGCAAACCUGAGCGCUCGUCACCGCGGCGGCGUCGGCGGCUUGAUCCUUCGACCCCCGCCACCCCCCAUGUUGUCACCGCGCAGCCGCGACACUUUUAAAAACCUGCAAACCGGCCGCACGGAGGCUCAAAGAGUCGCAGGCCACAAAAACCCAACCCAGUUUUACCGAAUAGUCAGGGUCAUGUUUUUGGAAAGAAGUCAACGAUGUUAAGACUUUGUUUCCGGUUGGAAAAAGUUCUUUAAUUGUCGUCGAUGUGAGCGAGUCGGCCCCUUCUAAAUCUUGGAAAACUUUGUCUUUAUACUUUAAACGUUCCCUGCAGUCCUGUUCUGGUUCUCGCCUCCCAGUUGGCUUUACUCAGAGUACGUGGUUUCUGCCAUAUCUAGUCUGACCACUAGAGGGCGCCACAGGUCCGACUCUGGUUGUUGUUACAAUCUCACUUUAGAUUUGUGAAUGUUUGAAGCCGCUCCUUCACCUCCCGUCUCUACAUUGCUGUCGUCAUAUUUACUCUGACCACUAGAGGGCCCUGGAACGGGAGCCGCUGAACCCGGAUCAGCGUGUCUUGCUAGCACGCGGCUGCGCGGCGGGAACGUCGGGGUCCCUGCAGACGGACGGUUUGUGUUCGGUGCCUUUUCCCGUCUCAUCUGUACAGAAGCCAUACGAUUGUGUCUCAGCUUCGGUCCGCCGGGCUCGCCGACCGGAGCGUCUCUUAUCGGAACCCUCAAUCACAGCUGUCCACUCGCGUCUCGCCAAACCGGCCCCCCGCGGCGCCGUCUCGUUGAAGGAGACGGCGGGCGGAGGCGUCCCGAAUGUUUCAGUCGGCUCGAUGGAGGCGGAU